UCAAAAUAGAGUUGCAUAAUAUAUAUUGUAUUUUGACAACGCACAACCAUUUGGCAUUUACUCUAACAGAAAACACCGAGACCUUAUCGAAAAGCUUUUGGAGCCCUACAAUGGCGUUAACUGCUUCAGCAGCAGCGCUUUCACCUGUCAAUUUCAACGGCAGCGGGGUUAAUCAAAGGACCAACUUGUUUCCCCGUUUUUGGAGCAGAAAAGGGACCAAUUUGACGUUCCUCACGAAUUCUCGAAACAAAGGAGCUAGUUUAGUCGCUUCUGCUGCCACUGGGGAUAAUGGAGGUGUCACUGCACGCAAAUUCGAGGCUGAACCUGCACCUGGAUUGUACUCUUGGCCAGAUAAUAAGAGACCAAGGAUAUGUAUACUAGGUGGUGGAUUUGGAGGUCUAUAUACUGCUUUAAGGCUAGAAUCACUUGUGUGGCCGGAUGGAAAAAAACCUCAAGUACUUCUAGUCGAUCAGUCUGAACAUUUUGUUUUUAAGCCAAUGUUGUACGAGCUUCUAUCUGGAGAAGUAGAUGAAUGGGAAAUAGCUCCACGUUUCAAAGAUCUGCUUGCAAGCACCAGUGUCUUGUUUUUCCAAGACAGGGUCAAAUCUUUGCAUCCAUCUGAUCAUUUAGGAAUUAAUGGACCUACAACAUCUAGUUGUGGAGGGACUGUGCAUCUUGAAAGCGGUCUUCUUAUUGAAUAUGAUUGGCUGGUUCUUUCGUUGGGAGCUGAAACUAAACUAGAUGUUGUGCCUGGAGCACUAGAAUUUGCAUUGCCAUUCUCCACCCUUGAGGAUGCACGUAGGGUUGACCAGAGGUUAAAAACACUGGAAAGAAGAAAUUUUGGUAAAAACUCCCUAAUAAAUGUGGCUGUUGUUGGCUGUGGUUAUGCUGGAGUUGAGUUAGCAGCCACGGUAUCCGAGAGAUUACAAGAUAGAGGUAUAGUAAAGGCAAUCAAUGUGGAGACAACAAUUUGCCCACAGGCAUCCCCAGGUAACAAGGAAGCUGCAUUAAAGGUUCUCUUAACUAGGAAUGUUCAACUUCUAUUGGGGUAUUUCGUCCGCUCCAUAAGCAGAGUGGAAGAUGUUGAAUCUUCAAUUAAGCCAGAUGAUUGUGAAGUUGUACAGUGUGAUUCAGAGAAAUACAUAUUGGAACUUAAUCCUGCUGAGAGGGGAUUAAAAAGGCAAAGUUUGGAAGCAGAUCUAGUACUUUGGACUGUUGGCUCUAAACCUCUUCUUCCUGAGCUGGAACCCUGUGAAAGGCCCCAUGAGAUUCCUCUAAAUGCCAGGGGUCAAGCUGAGACAGAUGAAACUCUUCGUGUUAAGGGCCAUCCACGCAUAUUUGCACUUGGUGAUUCUUCUUCUUUAAGGGAUUCACAUGGAAGGAUUCUUCCCGCCACUGCUCAGGUUGCUUUCCAACAAGCUGAUUUUACUGGUUGGAAUCUGUGGGCUGCAAUCAACAACCGUCCUCUUUUGCCGUUUAGGUUUCAGAAUUUGGGUGAAAUGAUGACUCUAGGGAGAAACGACGCUGCACUUUCUCCAAGUUUCAUUGAGGGGCUAACUCUAGAGGGCCCUAUUGGACAUACCGCAAGGAAAAUUGCAUACUUGAUUAGAUUGCCGACCGAUGAGCAUAGGCUUAAAGUUGGGAUGAGCUGGCUCACAAAGUCUGCUAUAGAAUCCAUUACAUCUGUGCAAAGCACUCUAUCUAAGGUACUCUCGAGCUCGUGAUUCAAUUCAUUUUGGAAUGUAAAGAAACAUAUAUAUAUAUAUAAGUGUAUUUUGUGGUUGUAAAGUUGUGACACUGAUAGUUUUGCGUCUGUCUACUCAUGUAUCAGUUGAAUUUAGUGCCUCUUAAACCUAAGGUUUUUUUUUUCAUAAAUAGAUAUUUGUUAUGGCCGUUUUACAGAUAUGAGUAAUAACUUUUGGUAUC